AACCUUUGAGAGAUUCAGCAAAGCAAAUCAUGUUGCACUCACUUCGGUUCUAGCAGCUUCCUAAAAUGUGGCUAGUGAGGGCAUUAGCGCUGUUCAUUGUGAUAGAGUGGGCAGAAUCAGCGUCUGAUGAUCAGCCCUCGAUUAUCAUUGUGGGCAGUGGGCCUGCCGGAAUAGCGGCAGCGACCAAAUUGCUGCAAAACAACUUCAACAAUAUCAAGAUUUUGGAGGCCGAAAACAGAAUUGGGUGAAAAACAUAUCGGAAAAUCUCGCGGGAGCAAAAGACUGGGCAACCACCUACCUGUGCGCCUACGACAGCCCCUUCGAUCUGCACGACCUGAAAAUCACCUCCGCGUACCAGGUGAAUAAAGGUGAUUUGCGUAUGCAUUGGAAUGGACGGGGAUACAAAACAAUCCUGGACGUUAUGAUGCAAAAAUACCCGAACAAUUACGCUCAACUGCCCAUCGACAGUAAAAUCCUUCUGAACACUUCCGUAACAGCGAUUUCCAAUUGGACCAGCUCAGUAACGGUAACCACUGCGAAAGGUACCACUUUUAAGGCAGAUCACGUUAUCUUCACUCCAUCCGUGGGGGUUCUGAAAGCCACCCAUGGUGAGAUGUUUCAUCCGGCACUUCCGCAGAAGAAGGUGCUUGCUAUUGAACAGACAGGAUUUGGGGCCAUUUUGAAAGUGAUUCUACGGUUCCCUUCGAGGUGGUGGAAUGUGGACUUUUUGUCGUUUGUGUGGACGCCGCAGGACAAGGAGGCACUUGUGCAGAAAAAUCUUACAUGGUUAAUCUGCCUGGGGUCAUUGGCCCAAGCGGAAAACAACCCCAAAGUGCUAAUCGCAUGGUAUGCUGGCAAAUGCAUCCCCCAAAUGGAGCGUUUGUCCGAAGAGGCCAUUCGCGACGGACAUCGGUACAUUAUCACGAAGUUUCUGGCCUCACAUUUUGAUGUUAGCAUGCCAGUUGAAAUGAUCAAGUCAAGCUGGUUAAGCAACCCGAACUUUCGCGGCACUUAUUCCUACGAAUCGACUGAAUCCGGGAAGGGACUGCCGAGGCAGUUGGGGGCUCCACUAGUGGAUGAAAAUGGGAAACCAAAGGUUUUAUUUGCUGGAGAAGCGACGCAUCCCUACUACUUCUCAACAGUGCACGGGGCCAUUGAGUCUGGAUAUCGGGAGGCUGAAAGACUUAUUCAGUUAUAUCAAACAAAUGUUUAAUCCAUUCAGUUAGGUACUUAAUUAAAAGCACUUUAGAUAAAAUCCAGGCUUUCCGCUGCAGGAUUGAAAUGGAGGCAUACAAUCAAGGUCCACAUGCUUGAAUGUUAAAACCCUCGAACGCUCCUAAUGGCUUCCUCUUCGUCCGAAGAAGACAUUCGGCGAUACUCCUCAAACUCGGUGGUGAACAUCGCAGUUCCCGAGCUGAUAAUCCUCAAAUCACUCGAAUAACCCAGCAGUUCAGCUAGAGGAACCGAAGCAGUCACUACUUGGGCUUUCCCUCUCAUUGUCACACUGUUAAUAUUGGUUCUUCUGCGCGACAAAUCCGCCAUAAUCGACGAAAGAUGCUCAGGAGGCGUGACAAUUUCCAAAGCCAUUACUGGUUCUAAAAUUCUCGUUCCCGACAGCUUCACUAGCUGGAAAUUGAAUAAUUCAAUGGUCAAUCUGAGCGGGUGUUGGGACAAGUACCUUCUGAACCAACUGGGUCACUGUGGAGGCGAUGAUUGUCUCAGAGGUUCCGCGGCCGACUUCAAACCAAUGCAACAUAACAUGAGUGUUGAUCACCUUAAAUCCAAACCAUUCCACUGUUUAAAAGCGGCCAGUAACGACGAGAUUUAAUCGGUUAUUUAGACUAAGGUGUCCGAAUGUGUUUCAAAACGGUAGACAAUUGUAAGACAUGUAUUCUCUCGAUCGACCACCUGACGAACUGCCAUUACACAUUGUCUACCGUUUGGGAGUGUAAAUAUAUGUUUUUAUAGUA